AUGUCUGAUCUUGAAGCUGUGCUUGCAGAUGUGAGCUACUUGAUGGCCAUGGAAAAAAGCAAAAACGUUGCCACCAAGGCUCCUAAAAAAAAUAUUAUCCCCGACUCAAGCAUUCGAAGUGUUAUGGUUUCCUACCUAAGAAGACAUGGAAAAAUAAAUUUUGAAGACAUAUUUCACGAUCGACUGGGCUUUAUAUUUUUUGUCAAGUUCUGCAAAGCCCAGGAGUCCCCAGAUGUUCACUUGAUCGAAUUUUAUGAAGCAAUUAAGGAUUUUGAACUCAUUGACUCCGAGUGUGAUCGUGUUAAGGAAGCCAAGCGUGUCUACGAUACCUAUAUUAUGAAGGAAUUGCUUUCAAAAGCUCAUCCAUUUUCUUCAGAACAUGUUAAAAGUGUACAGAACAAGCUAACUGAGGGAAUGAAGUGUAAUUCUGUUUCUCGCAAACUCUUUUCGGUCUAUGUGGAUGACUUGAAGCGAAAUAUCAAAAAUGUUUUUUACGAAUCCUUUUUAAAAAGCAAGCAAUUCACUCUUUACUUGCAGUGGAUGGAUGUGCAACUUAACACUACCUUGACGAUGUCGGAUUUCAGUGUGCAUAGAAUUAUUGGUAGAGGUGGUUUCGGAGAAGUUUACGGUUGUAGGAAACUUGAUUCAGGAAAGAUGUAA